UAUAGUUUUUAAGGCAGGAACACAUUAGCCAAUGAAAGUAUUGGCAGAGGCUGGAUCGGCUGGGAGGGCAGUCUCAUCCACUGGUUUAUCAGAUGCACAGCCUCGACAAGAAAAGCAAGCCGGCUACAGGUCAUUGCACUUGCAAGUCCCUCAACAACCUGUUUCUUUUCCCUUACUUUUACCUCACUGCUUCCUCGUACACAAGUAUGACUACGAUUUAAGACGCUAAGGACUCUGGGAGCCAUAUUAUGCAAAUCUGCAGGUUCAUACAGAAUAGAGAGAAGAUGAUGAGGCACUGCCAGAGUGACUUGCUUUGUAACAAAGCUGUCCAAGACCUACCUGCUAGCUACAGGCACCCUUCUUCCAUCUUGAACAUCAGCGAAGACAAUAAUCAGGAGCCAUCUGUGUCUAUGAAUGGCUGUGGGGGGCAUGCCAAUGACCUAAGGGAGGAACAACAGCAAUUAAGAAAAAAGAUUAACAGUAGGGAAAGGAAAAGGAUGCAAGAUUUAAACCUAGCGAUGGACGCUCUACGGGAAGUCAUCUUGCCCUAUUCUGCAACCCAUUGUCAGAGCUCACCUGGAAGGAAGCUGUCCAAGAUUGCCACGCUACUGUUAGCCAGGAAUUACAUACUGCUCCUUGGCAGCUCCCUUCAAGAAUUAAGAAGGCUAAUUGGAGACAUAAGUGGCCCAGGGCCAAGGUUGCUGCUUGCUGGGUUGCCCCUUUUCGCUGCACCUGGAUCCAUGCUCUUAGCCCCAGGGACAAGCAACAAUCCAGACCCUCAAUGCAGUAACAAGUUCCACUCACUGUCCUUGGAGGAACCUCAGUGCCCUGCUUACAAUCUGCCUGGGAGUGCUGGCGUUUGUACCUGUACCAUCUGCAGGUUCACUCACUUUAUUCCAGGCAGCCUCAGCAUCAAAGCUAUACAGUUUUCCAAGUAAAUAUAGCCUGCGGGUUCUGGACUAGAGACACUGCGAAAGCAAGAAGCGAACACUGGACUCUUUGGGAUUAGUCAUUCUUCAUGCUAUGACAAUUCACACAAUAGUGGGUGAACAAAUAUGUACGGACACAUUGCAUUGUGGUUCUGUGGUAUAGCAACAAGAGCUUGCCCCUUUCUAUCUCUUGUAUUUGUAAAUAUAAUAUAAUUUCUCCCAUACCCUCUAUGGAAGAGUAUAGGGGGACUUAAGGAGUUCUGGGACCAAGUAAAGGUACAAGACUUCUAGCCAAGUUCUUUUUUUAGGUAACGUUUAAUAUCUCAUACUUUAAAGCAGGGUAUACACUAUUUCUUAUAAUACACUCAUUUUUAGUGAGUCAUUUCACACAUCACUAAGCAGUGAAUCUAAAUUAUGACAUCAUUACAUAACAUUAAUAAGGAUAUAUUUUUAGGACUAUUAUUCUAAAUAGUUUAGUACACCGUACACAGAAUAACACAGGACUUGGGGAGCUUGUUCUUGACUGAUAAUAUCCAGUUCUACAUUCCCAGAGAUCAGCUUUAAGCCAGACAAUUAUUUAGAUAUAGUAUGCCCUAAACUGCUAGCCAGAUGGCACAAACAAGGUAUAUCAGUGAAAACAUUCUGUUCUAGUCCAGUAACUCACAGUAACCAAUCAGCAGCUAGUCUAUUGCAAUAUUGUUAUAAUAUUGGAAGCAAAUAUCUGAUUGGUUGCUGUGGGAUACUAAACUAUGUAAUGCUGAGUGCAGCAGUUUAGCAACAGCUUGGGGACUGGCUGACAUAUUGAUGGUAUAAUCCUAUUUCCAGUGAGAGAACAAAACUGGAAAAUGUUCCAUUGCUAGGUGUGUCGAUCAUCUGUUUGUUCUGUAUUGUUAUUUAGUGAGCCUUACUAACUCAGGCAGCACCCAGUGAUCUCUAUAGACUGACAGCCAAAUAAAUAUACGCUAGUUCAUGCCUGGAACGUUCAGUAUUUUUGUAUUGCAAUGAAGGGUAUUUAUAAAUGCCAUAGAUAAUAAAUGUCAUUAAUGAGACACCACUGUGAAACCAACUAAAGCAAUGUUAUAGUGUAGCAUAGCUAUGGGGGCCUUUUAUAAUAACUGGUAACAUAAAACCUAAUGCCUUUAGUAUGUUCUAAUGUGUCUUUACACUGUGAUGGUGUUGAUGUUGAUGAUGAUGAUGAAAUCCAAAAUAAAUUGUCUGUUACUGGA